AGGUAAACGCCUCAUUUCUUCUGACUCGUCUCCUUAAUUACCAGGAAUAUAAAAAUCAGCAGCUUUAUUUUGGGAUUUUUUCUACUGUGAGGAAAAUGGGAGGAACAGAGGGUUUGGACUUAAUUUUUGAGGAGGUGUUUGGAUUUGGUGCUGUUCAGAACAUGAAUCAAAGUUAUGGUGGUGGUGGUGAAAUUGGCGGUGGAGGGCUGAGUAUAAGUGAGUGGAAGGAUAUUCCGGCGGAGCUUUUGCUUAGGAUUCUUUCUCUGGCUGAUGAUCAGACGGUGGUGGUUGCUUCUGGUGUUUGCCAUGGAUGGAGAGAUGCCAUUUCUUGGGGCCUUACCCACCUUUCCUUCUAUUGGUGCAAGAAGAACAUGAAUAACCUGGUUCUCUCACUAACUCCGAAGUUCACGAAACUCCAAGUUCUAAUCCUAAGGCAAGACACGCCGCAACUGCAAGACGAAGCCGUCGAGAAAAUCGCAAGCCACUGUCGCGAGCUUCAAGAAUUGGAUUUGAGCAAGAGUUUUAGGCUGACCGAUAGCUCCUUAUACGCGCUAGCACGAGGCUGCCCGAAUCUCGUAAAGCUCAAUAUUAGUGGAUGCUCUGCGUUUAGCGACUCGGCUGUCGGUUAUUUAACCGGCUUCUGCAGGAAAUUGAAAUUCUUGAAUCUGUGCGGCUGUGUUAAGGCAGCAACCGAUAGGGCGUUAAAGGCGAUUGGGUACAACUGUAAUGAAAUGCAGUACUUGAAUCUUGGAUGGUGUGAUCGGAUAGGCGACGAAGGUGUGAAGAGCUUAGCCUAUGGCUGCCCUGAUCUUAGAGCUCUCGAUUUGUGUGGAUGUGUUCUUAUUACAGACGAGAGUGUAGUGGCGUUAGCAAACAACUGCCUCCACCUCCGAUCGCUGGGGCUCUACUAUUGCCAGAACAUAACCGACAGGGCAAUGUACUCGCUGGCACAGAGCCGAGCCAAGAACAGAGUGUGGGCCCCGGUGAAGAAGACUAGGUACCAAGAGGAGGAAGGCCUGACCAAUCUGAACAUCAGCCAAUGCACCGCCCUUACGCCGCCAGCUGUCCAGGCGCUGUGCGACUCUUUUCCUUCGCUCCACACUUGCCCCGAUCGCCACUCGCUUAUUAUUAGCGGGUGUCUCAGCUUGACAUCUGUCCACUGUGCUUGUGGGGUCCAGGGCCACCGAUCGAAUACUACCGCUAUACCCCACCUGGCUCACUGAGCCUGAGUUACUCGGUUGUGUAUGUAUAUAUUAUGUAUAUAUAUGUAUGUAUAUAUUGCGUAAAUAAAACGAGAGACGUUUGUUUCGUGUAUGUUUGGACUGAAUUUGGGUAAUGGUUGGUUUGUGUUUUUUUUCUUCAGAGACUUUUUGUGGAAUUUGGUUGAUUUCUUGC